CUACUUUCUACUGGCCAAAUCCGGAGGCGGGUCCCGUAAACGUCAAUGGACACAAUAGAAGAUGAGGUUAUUAGUCACUAUGGUAACGGCGAUGACGGUAAUGGCUAGCAGCGCGCUGAUUGGCUGUCUAAAAGAAGGAGUAUGUAUUGUUUGUGCUGUAUAUGGAAGUGAGUGGGUUCGGUGAGAGAGUGUGUGCGUGUUGUCAGAUGUGAGGCGGGCUUCAGACAAGCACAGGCCACAUUUCUCGAAGAUCUCCCGUCGUUGCUACCGGGUGAACUCGCCAAUCCUUCACGGGAAGACCUAAGGAGCACCUCGGCUAGGAACAUCACGUCACCACCGAGGAUUUUAUCGACGAACCAUCGGUGAAUUUCGCCAGCUAAGCGGGGGCAGUGCUACCGCCGAUUCGCGUCUCAAGCAAGACAUUCCAUCACAUUUUUACCAGCGAGAGAAGGCACUCUCCACACGGAGAGAGAAACCCGUCAAGAUUCCAGUUCAAGAGGAGACAAGACUUCGGACAGUAACAAAAAUGACGGAACCGAAUACGAAAUCUGUGGACUGGUUGUACGACCAUCUGACACAGGAUAUGGACGUGUUGCAGUUGGACUGCAGGGCUUGCGAAGACUACGCCGCCUCGCACAUCGAGGGCGCCAUUAAUGUUGUCAUUCCCUCGCUCAUGUUGAAGCGCCUCAAAAAGGGGAACUGUUCAAUCAAUACCCUGAUCCUCAGCGAUGUCGGCAAGGAGAGAUUCAACCGGAGGUGUAAGGAGGACUUUGUUAUUUUGUACGACGAGGCAUCGACGGACACAGGGUGCACGAGCCAGACCAUAAACCUCCUGAUGAAAAAGUUGCAGGAAGACGGCUGCAGAGCGUUCUACCUACAAGGAGGGUUCAAUCAGUUUCACACCGAGUACCCGGAGUUGUGCGAGUCGACGUUGGAGAGUUCGGCGGACAGCAGUCGGGGCGACCUGCCGCCGAUCUUCGGGCUCGGGGGCCUGCGGAUCAGCAGCGACUUGUGCAGCAGCAGCGACUCGUCCUCCAGCUCGGAGGGCUCCGACAUCUGCAGCGAUUCCUCGGACAGCGACUCGCCUCCCCUGGACGCCUACCCCGUCCAGAUCCUCCCCUACCUCUACCUCGGCACGGCGAAGGACGCCGCCAACCUGGACAGUCUGAGAAAGUACGGCAUCACACAUAUCCUCAACGUCACCCCCAACUUGCCCAACAAAUUCGAGGGAUCCGAGACCUUCACGUACAAGCAGAUCCCCAUCUCAGACCACUGGAGCCAAAACCUGUCCCAGUUCUUUCCUGAUGCCAUAUCCUUCAUCGAGGAAGCACGCCAGAAGAAGACCGCAGUUCUUGUCCACUGCCUGGCCGGUGUGAGCCGCUCCGUAACGGUCACCGUGGCGUACCUCAUGCAGAAACUGAACUUGUCAUUGAACGACGCGUACGACUAUGUCAAGCAGAGAAAGUCGAACAUUUCACCGAAUUUCAACUUCAUGGGCCAGUUGCUGGACUUUGAGCGUAUGUUGGAGCACAGCCACCAUUGUACAAAUUGCCAGUGUGACAACGUGCCAAAAAUGCAGUUCACGGCGACACCGACCAUAACCCCCCUCCACAGCUAGGCUCACGAGAGUCAGACUUGAAGCACAAGUUUGUAGAGAAGACAUGGACAGUGUUGGAAUCAUCACUGUCUGCAGUCGGGACUCUAGAUUGCUGCACUUUUAACAACCCAAGAAUUUUCUGUUAGAUGUUCAGAAUAGAACUCUACAAAUGUAGAAAAGUUCGGACAAGAAAGAAUAUAUUAUAGAACAGAAUGAUUGUGGAGAUACUGUUGUCAGCAGUGGAAGGGUAGAAUUUAUCAGUGGACCAUAUAAAUGUAGGGCGACAAUUGUCGUCAGCCAUUUAAAAAAAUCAUGUAUAUCGCUAUUUUUUGUUUUCUCCCCCAAAACAAAAGUGCCUUUCUAUCUCAGGAUUGGGGACCCUUUCCCCUAUAUAUUACAUCCUUGUCAACUUUUCCUCAUAGUCAUACUACAUAAUGGUGAUGAGUUAAGGUGCUCUUUGUAAGAGGAGCAAAAAAAAUUCUGACCUCAUCUUGGUUUUCCUGCCAAAACUAUCUGGUAUAAAUGUGGCAAUAUUUUUCCAAGGGAUCAAAAUUCUUUUUCCUCUGUAUAUUGUAAAAUAUGUACAAUGUCACUGUGUAUUAUGAACAGGAAGGUCCCUAAUGUAAAUAAAGUUUUAUAUGAAGAGAAAUCUA